ACCAGCCACAAUUCCAGGAGCCACUUGGUAAAGCUGAAGCGUAAUCUGGCCUAAAGUUGGAUCUGCGCCACACCACCACUAAUUGACAGUUCCUUAUUGCAUUCGUGUCUGUCUGUACAUUGGACUCGACUCAUACAAACCAAAACCCAAGUCACGGCCGGCUCGACUUCUUUCUUUACACUCGUUUUCUUUUUAAUUACAGUACGGACGAUCUCGUAUUUUACUUUUGCAACUUUCAUCAUUCAUCAUGCUCAACAUCGAUUGGAAGGGCCUUGCCCUCCCCUUUGCCUAUGUUCUCGUCCUCGGCAGCGCACUCAUGACAUUCUCGACAAUCUACCGAAAAAGAAAAGCUGCUGAGAGCGCCAACUUGGCUCCGUGGUUCGGCCCUCACCUCCAGCGCAAUGUCUACCUGUCCCUGCUACACCUCGAGGACGGCUCCGAAAAGGGACCCAAGAUUCCCGAAAGCGUUCUACGAGCUGCCCUUUUGCGUCGCGCCGUCGAAGAUAUCCGUCGUCUGAUCCAGAUCAAGUCUGCGAAGCAAGCAUGUGGUUCUCUGCUGCAACGAGGCAGUGUGGGUGAUGAUCUGUGGCAGCGAUUCCAGCGCGCCGAGAAGGAGAUGGAGGAGGAGCUCAGAGAUGUCGUCACAGAGGCCAACGCUCUCGCACCAAACUGGGGCCAGUCCAUCUUCCAAUCCGCCCACGAAAUGACCGCCAAUGCUACCAUGCGCAGCUCAAUCGAAGAGAUCCUCGCCCAAGCCGAGUCAGAGAAGCAGUGGUGGGAGAAGCGCCGAGGACAGAUCCAGUCAGAGUUCAUGAAGGAGCUCGACGGCUCUGAGCAGAGCUCUUCUGCCAAGACUGCCAGCGAGGAGGAUGCCGUCAUGGUCGACACGCCUUCAAAGAAGAAGGGCAAGAAGUAAACAGUUGGAGAUGUCUUGUGUGGGUUGCAAGAAUAUGGGAUUGGGGUGUCUUUAUAGGUAUAUACAUGGUUCCGGACCUACCUCUUCAAAUUUUGGUUGUAGUAUACCACAUGUCACUUUGUUGCAAGGCGCACACUCUUGGUGUGUAUGGGAAGAAGGGAGGGAAAUCCACACCAGCGGCGUUGAGGUUGACUUUUGAAAAUAGUAGCAUGGGCUUCUUCUCUAUUGAUAUAUAUGUAUAAGGCU